AUGCCGUCCAGGGGAAGAUUAAAAAAUCUCUCUCUCUCUCCCUCUCUCUCUCUCUCCGUGGCUCCAGCGAACUCCAUCAAGGUGGAGCUGUACAGCGAUGAGGAAGUGGGGCGGCUGCGGGCUGGAGAGGACAGGGGCGGCGACCGGGAGGAGGCAGGGGCGGACAGGCUGGAGGAGGGCGGUGGCGGUGGAGGGGGCAGUGGCGGGGGUGGGGGCAGCUACUGUGAUCUGGCCAGCCCCGAGCCCGUCUCCCCAGGGGGCAUCCGACUACCCAACGGCAAACUGAAGUGCGAUGUCUGUGGGAUGAUCUGCAUCGGCCCCAACGUCCUGAUGGUGCACAAGCGCAGCCACACGGGUGAGAGGCCGUUCCAGUGUAACCAGUGUGGCGCCUCCUUCACCCAGAAAGGGAACCUAUUGAGACACAUCAAGCUGCACUCCGGGGAGAAGCCUUUCAAGUGCCCCUUCUGCAGCUACGCCUGCCGCCGCAGAGACGCGCUUACCGGACACCUCCGCACCCACGCUGUGUCCUCUCCCACAGUGGGGAAGCCCUUUAAGUGCAGUUACUGUGGUCGGAGCUACAAGCAGCAGAGCACACUGGAAGAGCACAGGGAGCGCUGCCACAGCUACCUGCAGAGCCUGGAGACGCACCCAGCACAGAGCGGCCAGGGGGAGGAGUUGCGGGACCUGGAGCUGAUGCCGGACUCUCUCCUGCACCCCUCCACCGAGCGGCUGACCUUCAUUGACCGCCUGACCAACAGCAUCGCCAAGCGCAAGAGGUCGACGCCACAGAAAUUUGUGGGAGAGAAGCACAUGCGGCUCAGCGUCUCCGACGUGCCCUUUGACCUCAAUGCCAGCUUCGAGAAGGAGGGGGACCUGCUGGGCUCGCAGCACGUGGGGACGGACCCUGCUGGCUUCGUGGGG